AGUGACUAACAUCGUCCGUCUUUCGUAAUAGUUUGGAAAUAGAGGUAAAAAUCUUUAAAAAAUGUUUCAUUCGACUCGAAGGUAGUUUUCUAUGGCUGGUGAUGUUUCAUGAUAUUAGAAUUUAUCAGUAAGUAACUUCAGAUCGUGUGUUGUGGAAGAUGUAAACAAAAUUUCAUAUGAUCCACGUCGAGACAUGGGUUCCAGAGUAAGAGACACUGUACGCUUCUUGUUCGAAUUAUUUUGUGAAGUAUCACCUGGUGAUCAUCUGAGGGAACCUUACGUCAUAAGGAAAUAUCCAGAAACAUAUAAAAAUGAAGAAGAGUUGAAAAAUAUUCCAAAAUUUACAUUCCCAUGUCAGCUAGAAAAUUCAUUUGCACAGCACUAUUCAUUUGUGCUGACUUCGGAGGACUCUAAAUAUACAUUUUGUUUCUGUCGAUAUGAUCCUAAAGCUAACACAGCACUUGUGUUACUGUCACAUCUACCAUGGCAUGAUAUAUUUUACAAGUUACUGAAUUGCAUAGCGAACCUGAUUAACAGUCCAGAACGAGGUGAAUUAGCAUCAUUCUUGGAAGCAUGUCGGAUACGUCCACCUAUGCCCGGCCAUACACUUAAAGUGACUUAUAAUGCUGGCCACAGCGUUUUCACUUGUCAGUGUCCAGACAGCAAACUUCCAAGUAUUCCAGAAAAUUGCAACUUAACGGAAUACUUCAGUGCCAUGGACACAAAAUGUAUGGCCGGGUUAUGGGCAGCGUUGCUGCAUGAGCGCAGAGUUGCGAUAGUAGCCUCAAAGCCUUCCAGGCUAUCGGCCUGUGUGCAAGCAGCAAAUGCAACGUUGUUUCCAAUGUCCUGGCAACACAUAUUCAUUCCAAUUCUGCCAAAACAUCUGGUUGAUUAUUUAUUGGCGCCCAUGCCAUUUCUUAUUGGAGUUCCUAGGAGUGUGAUGGAGAAUGUAAGGAUGUCUGAAAUAGGCGAUGUGGUUAUAUUAGACGUAGAUGCAAAUGAGCUUAAAUCACCAUUUAACGAUUUGGAUGGACUUCCCUCUGAUCUGGUGGCGAGCUUAAAGAAGGCUUUAAGUGAUAAGAAUGCAUUGGGUGAUGCCGUGUCUCGAGCAUUUUUACGUGCCCUAGUGUCAUUAAUAGGUGGAUACCGUGAUGCUAUAAAAAUUGAAAAUGGUCAGCUGAUUACCUUCAAUCCUGAGGCUUUCAUCAGAACCAGAAAGAACAUGCAACCAUUCCUUACAAAAAUAUUACAAUCACAAAUAUUCCGUCAGUUUAUUGACGAAAGACUGGAUCUGCUGAAUUCAGGGCGUGGUUUCAAUGACGAGUUUGAAGUGGAAUGCAACAAUUAUGCAGAUAAGCUAAAUACAGGGAGCGGGCAGAAAUUGAAACAGCAAUACAGAGAUUGGGCCAAAACAGUCAAGAAGGAAGGCGGUGCCUUUUUCAAGACAGUAAAAGACAAGGCGAACCCAGCUGUGCAAUCGGCGGUCAAAACGGUCCGUCAAGGAGGAAAGAAUAUGAAAUCUGCAGUAAAAGGUCUGAAGAAUAAAAUGCCUAAGACUGGGUCGCGCCCGUCUUCAAUAAACACCACCGAUGAUAGCAGAUUUUCGUGUGGGUCAGCAACGCCGGUGUCGUCGGAUUCGUCGGAUUCAUCGCCUUCGAAUAAACUUCCGAUAAGCCGACCACUGCCACCUCGUGAGCCUCCGCCCGCAUUGCCUCUCGAUCUGCUCACCGAGAUGGAGUUCCUGUUCGACAGUAAAAAAACACAACGACGUGACAGCUUCCCUAACAGUUCGCACAACUCCGACAUCAGUCUUCCAGAUAAAGCAAAAACACUGUCACCAUGUCUCCCACCCCGGUUACCGGAACGUCCCCAACUCCCAGUCCGUUACCCAAUAAUUUCCACGAGGAAACUAAUUGAUUUAUCUGAUGCGCCCAUGCCGCCGCCGCGUGCGACACCUACUUCGACGCUCCAAAAUCUACACUUUGUCAGUAACAUCACAAAAAAUGAUGUGAAUACUACACCAGACUUUCACACCAGCACGAUACGCUUCACUGAAGGCAAUGAUAAAGCAAAAUUAAAGUUGACCCUAUCAACGAAUCAAAGGAAGGUGUCACUGCCGACCUCUCAAUCGCCAUGUAACGGCACAGCGCCGAAACUUACGGUACCCUCUGUAGGUAGACCGAGCCAAGAGGGCGUAAGGCCCAGGCUCGUCGUGGGACCCAACGCCGAACUACCUUCGUACAAAGGAAAAAUUCAAGAGUCGUGUGGCUCUGAUUCUGAUCUCAUUAAACUGGAUGAUUCGCCGACAAACCUAGAAGAUUUCGAUCCACUCAAGUGUCGUGAUAAAAAUCAAAAAGUCGAACAAAUCAAAUCCACAGACAGUGCUCUCUUACACGAAUAUGGACUAGAUUUUAGCCAAUUUGGUUUAUUAGACUAUUCCGAAGGUUCGAGCGGUCGACAAGAUUCCAACUCUAGUGUUCCCAAAGGCUGGACAACUUUUAAUUAAUUUAUCGUGUCGUUCUCUUAGAGUUUACUGAUGUAUAUUUGUAUGAAUUGAGUUAAUAUUAUAUAUUGUGUAUUACGCUUAAUUUUGUUUUAUAUUUAUUACAUGUUUAUUUAUUAUAGAUGGAAUGAUUAUAAAAAGUUUUGAAAAUACUGUACAUAUCAAUACUUUGUAAAUUACUUCAAAUUAUCAGUAAUAAUGAUAUUUGUAUCUGUAUAUUAUGUGCUGUAGACGAUUAUUGUAAGUUCCAGGUGUAUAAUAAUUAAUAGUAAAUUUAGUAUUUAUAAUAAAUAUUCGUUCUCAUUGAGCGAUAUAAGUGCUUCUAUCUCUUCCCAAUGUUAAAUCUUUGUUUAUGUUACUUAUGAAUUGUUUUGUUUUUAAGUAUGCACUUUUAUUUAUUAUGAAUUAUGAUGUAUUUAAUACGAUACACGUGUUUGAUUUAUCAUAGUUGGAUGCAAUUUUAGAAAGACAUAGUAAAUAAUAUAUUAAAGCAAAUUCUGACGAGACAUAUUUUAUAGGAUUUAUAACUUGAAACCCACAUUACCAAUUAUCAUACAGGGUAGAAAAAACGACACAGAUUUCAUAUGUUUAAAUAUAUUUAUAGAAUAUAUUUUCACAGCCAAUAAAGUAGAAAAAUAUUUAUGAGAACUAAUAAUAUAUUUUUAUGAGAUAACCUAUAAAGUCUAAAUAAUAAUAUUCUAUAUACAUAAUUACAAAUGAAGUAAUUGCUUGCAUAGGUGUGGAAUCGUCAAUUAGUGACAAAAGACUCGUAGCAAGCUUUUUUAUAUCGAGUACAUUUUAUAUAUUUGAUUAGAAGGUAGGUUUGUUGCUGCCGCUCUUAUACAUAGGUGCCAUAUUCAUAGGUAAAUGAUGAUUAAAUUACCAAUAAUAAAUAAAAUCUUGAUACCAUGGGUAGGUGAAUAUGAUACGAAUGUUAUAGAUUCUGUGUUAAAAUUUGUUUCUUCCACCCUGUAUGUCAAAGUAAUUCAUUCUAUAUAUUCUAAUUAUGUAAUUAAAAGUACAAUUAGCUGUUUAUAAGAUAUUGGAAUUAUUUUGUCUAAAUCUAUAUUUAUUUAUAUAUUACCAACAUUUCUAUAAAUUAUAUAUUAAGGUGCUUCGUAAAAAUAAGAACUAAGCUUAGCCUACAUAAUUGUAUAUCUCUUGUGCAACGAUUCAUGCACUAGCAGAGUGCUAUCCGUAAGGACCUACCUACUAACGCUGUUAUUGUAGAUAAAGCGAAUCCAAUGGCGGAAACUUCACAGCAAAUACCAAUGUCUUUUAAACUCAUUAUUGUUAUAAAUGUGUCUAACGAAUGUGGUGACUAACUAGUAGCUACUUCUACAGUUGCUUUCAUAUUGAAUAUUCGCAAUUUAGCCACAAAAAAAAUUGUAUACACUGAAAAUAAUAAAGCAAUCUCCUAAAAAUGCCAACAACACUAAGUGGCUUUACUGUGUAGUGCAGAAUUUUAGUAACUACUAACAAAUUGAAAGACCAUUUAAACUGAAGUAAAUAUGAAAUUGUGAGACUGAGCUUUGAUUGUGUCAACGUAUGUAGGUAGGCAGGUAGAAGUCUCCGUUUAGUCCACUCUCGGCCCUCGGCACCUAAAAAAGGUUUGCUCAUUGGUGUCAACUCGACUCCUAAAUACAGUUCAAACUGGACCCUGGGGGGUGAGAGUGGAUUUUCAUACAAAAGACAGGCAAACCUAGUCCACUUUCGACCCUUAGCGGGAAAAAUACGUUUUGGUGCAGUACACUUUAAAACAAAAUUUUUAAAAGUCACCAGGAUUUUCUUUAUUUCUUUUUUGUAAUGGGCAGGAGUAUUUUAUUUAAAUGGGAAGAUUUUGUGAAUGAAAACAUACGAAGGUAAUUUCAGAUUUGUUUAGUCAGGAAUUUGUAUAUUAUGAAUAGGUAACUUGAAACAUAGUCUUUACAAUGUACAAUCACAUACAAAUUAUACAGAGGGUAUUUUGGAACUAUAAGGUAGACGGAUUGUAAUCUUUGCGACUGUACCUACUUUGAGGGUCGAGAGGAAACUUAAAUUUUACUGAUAAUAAAAAACACUCUCGGCCCUCAAGGGACGAGAAUACAUCAUAAUUAGGGGCCGAGUGGAAACUUAAAUUAGGGGGGGCCGAGGGGCCAAGAGUGGACUAAAAGGAAUUCGCAAAUGCUGGAAACUGAGUAGAGCCAGGCCCCAGACAAACCUGUUUCUUAUAGUUACCUAUAUCGAAGAGUCAUGUAAUUGAGGUAUAGCGUGGUGAUGUAACACAUAUGCACCCGAAAAGUUUCUAAACGGCAUACAACUGCAGUUGCUUUUAAGUCUUACAAAUCUUGUCUCUCCUUUAUACUUAUCCGUUAUUUCGUGACGUGGUAUUUAGAUAAAAGUAGUGCAGAUACCACAAAGGUAUUGCCGUAUCUACCAGAACCGAUACAUUGUAGCUAUACACACUUAUGACGUAAUAACAGAAUUUGAGUACCUAAAUCCCAUGCUUAUUGAUCAAUUAAAUCGUGUCUAAAUAAUACAUUUUGUUUGUUUAACAAAUUGUAUUAAUGGGCCUGGCUCAAGAUAAGCUACGUAUCUGUGUUUAGCCGUUAUCCAUUCGAUAGCAGUGCUAAUGACACUUAUUGUAGUUACAUACCUAAUUAUUGUGAUUCGGAAAAGUAUUUCCAAUAACUAAUAAAAUGAUAGACGAAAAUA